AAGCAGCGUUACAUUUUGGCAUCAACUUGGUACCAAAGUAUCAGCUCUCUAGAUGCAGCAGUUAAAUAAGAUGCGUAAAACAUCAACAUCAUUGCAUGACAUUGCAGAAAGAGAUGUGCUUCAUCAAACCCAUCCCUCUCACAGGUGCUAUUGUCAUGGAAAAGCCAAACAUUAAGUGGGACGAUGUAGCUGGACUAGAGGGCGCCAAAGAAGCCUUGAAAGAAGCCGUGAUCCUGCCCAUCAAAUUCCCUCAUCUGUUCAAAGGGCGGGGGAUCCUGCUGUUUGGUCCUCCGGGAACAGGGAAAACCUACCUGGCCAAGGCGGUGGCCGCGGAGGCCAACAACUCCACCUUCUUCUCCAUCGCCUCCUCCGACCUCGUGUCCAAGUGGCUGGGUGAGAGUGAGAAGUUGGUGAAGAGCCUGUUCACUUUAGCCCGAGAGCACAAGCCGUCCAUCAUCUUCAUCGACGAGAUCGACUCCCUCUGCGGCUCCAGGAGCGAGAACGAGAGCGAAGCGGCGCGCAGAAUCAAGACAGAGUUCCUCGUCCAGAUGCAAGGCGUUGGAAAUGACAACGAGGGAAUCCUGGUCCUCGGAGCCACAAACAUACCGUGGACGCUGGACUCUGCAAUCAGGAGGAGGUUUGAAAAGCGAAUCUACAUCCCGCUGCCCGAGGCGCACGCCCGCUCCUUCAUGUUCAAACUGCAUCUGGGCUCCACCCCCAACAGCCUGGCCGAGGCGGACUUCGUCACCCUGGGCCAAAAGACGGAGGGCUACUCUGGGGCGGACAUCAGUGUCAUCGUUAGAGACGCCCUGAUGCAGCCGGUCAGGCUGGUUCAGUCCUCCACUCAUUUCAAAAAGGUCCGCGGGUCAUCGUGGAACAACCCCGACGUCGUGGUGGACGACCUCCUGACUCCGUGUUCGCCGGGUGAUCCCAACGCCAUCGCGAUGACGUGGAUGGACGUUCCUGGGGAGAAACUUCUGGAGCCGGUCGUGUCCAUGCCCAACAUGCUGAGGUCACUCGCAAGCACCAAGCCGACGGUGAACGAUCAGGACCUGGACAAGCUGAGGAAGUUUACAGAGGACUUUGGUCAAGAAGGCUAAUAAUACUCACGCUCUACGUUUUAAUAAGACUGCAACCAACAACUAUUUUCACUGUCAAUUACGUUUGCGAUCAUUCGAUUAAUCAUCUUGAAAACAUCCAUCACCAGUUACUGGAGCCUAAAGUUCUUUAGUUUCUGAAGCCGAUUAGCGGUCAAAGCAAUAGAAAUAAUUUUAAAGGGACAGUUUGGAUGUUUAGAAGUGUGUCUGUAUGAGGUGUUCUACUACAGCAGAUGAGUUUAUAGAAACAGACAGGAGAACCAGCACGGGAGCAAACUAAUGUACUGCUGUGGACGUAUUUUAGACUCCUGAAAGAAUCUAUAUCGGUUUAAUUGAACGCUAUAUUUUGGUUUUUUUCACCUCUUUACCUCGCUGUCAGACAGACCUUUCUGGCGGAGAAGUAAAGCUGUUCUCUUUGCUCUCUUCAAAGCCACCAGACUCCAUUGACAAAAGUAAUCAUUUUUACCUCACAGAGCACAGGAGUUUCUGGUCAUUCCGCUGCCUCCGUCUGUUAGUUUGUUUGUUGUUGUGUGACUUUGGUGAAUCAGAACUAAACCUUUAAAACACCAAAGUCACACAGUAACACAAACUGAUGGAGGCAGCAGUAGACCAGCGACUCCUGUCUCCUGAGAGGUAGAAUCAGUGUUUUAGUGAACGGAGUCUGGUGUCUUUGUAGAGAUCAAAGAUAACGGCUUAAGUUCCCGUCAGAAAGAGCUGUUUAACAUCAAGGUAAAGAGGUGAAAACAUUCUAAAUAUAGCGUUCACUUAAACUGAUUUUGAUUCUUUUAGGAGUCCAACAUACCUCCACAGCAGUACAUUGCUUUGCUUUGCUGAUACUCUUGUCUGUUUUGGUAACACACUGACUAUGGAUGCGUUCCUCAUACGACCCAUCUUCAAAAACAUCCGACCUCUCCCUUUAAGGUUGUAGUUCAAGAUAAGCACCUGUUUCUAUGAAGGAGAAUUGACCAAAAUGAUUAAUUGAUGAUCAAAAUCUUAAUUGAUGACUUUUUCUUCAACUAAUCAAUUAAUCAUCUGCACCAUCAGCACUAUUUAUCACAAAUUAAUUGAUCCGCUGUUGCUUGUGUUUAUAGCUUCACGUUUGUACGGUUUGUUCUUUAGUGUAUUGGUUUUAUUUGGCAUGUCUCAAACCAAAGUGAUCUUUAUUUGUUUUAAAGACACCAUCACUGUUCUAGAAUAUGAACAACAGAUGGUCAUGAUGCAGUGGGUGAAUGCAACACUACAUGCCUCUUAGUAUAGUCUUUGUUUUGCACUGAACAGAAUCAGUUUCAGGGUUGGUUUUUAUAAAUGGGAAUUUAUUGCUGUCAAAUGUAUGAAAACGGACUCUUUUAAACAUGUAAAUAACCUUUUACUGGUUAUUCUUGUUUCUCUAUACACAAAGUUAUCAUCACAAGCUUCAAAUGGGCCUUCUGGGCUUCUAUUGAGUUACUAAAUUAUAUCAAAUAUUGUACAACAAUGCCUUUAAAGCAUUUGUAAAUGCUGUCUAUAAGUAAAUCAUCUGCAUUUCUAGUUUAAACUUUCAGAGCGUAGUAGUCGGUUACUGUGAUGUGAAGUUCUUAUACAUCCUCUCAGUAUGUUGCCUGAUCUCAGACACAAGUGUGAAUGCUCGGCGUGUUUAUUUUGGGGGUUUGAGGUCACUUACUGGUUACAUGAAUAAAACUUGUUACGGUGGA